AUGGAUGCUGAACCGAUAAAUGUAUUGUUUUGCUGUCUUGGAAACAUCUGUCGAAGUCCGAUGGCUGAGGCUGUAUUUAAAGAUACUGUCAAGAAAGAAAAUAUGAUGGACCAAUUUGGCAUCAUUGAUAGCUGUGGUACAGCAGAUUACCACGAGGGAGAAGAGCCGCACUCAACAUCCGUGCGUGUAUGCAUGAAGAACAAUGUACCUAUCAAGCACCAGGCGCGCGCCAUUCGGAAUGAAGACUUUAACAAAUUCCACUACAUAUUCGGCAUGGACACAAACAAUGUUAGAAACCUCACGAAGAUCCAGCCUAAGGGCUCCAAGGCGAAUGACGACAAUGGGACUGUGUUCGAUCCGUACUUUAUUGGCGACAGUGCAUUCUAUACCGUAUUUGAGCAGUGCCAGAGUGUAGCGUCCGGGAAACUGAGAAGGAUCCCAACUGCCAGAGUUUCUGCAGAUGUGACUCCCCGCACACUUGUGACGGUGUCGUCUGCCGUCACGCAUGGCCGUUGUUCGUCCUCUUCCUCGCGAUUUGCAAGAGCAAGCUCGCAGCCAUCCCAGAAAACAGCAGUAUACAAUGUGCGUGGUUUUCACAGCUCAUCAAAUCGUCUUUCCACGCCAAAGGACCCAUACGCAACGCUUGGUGUGAAGCGCGACGCGAGCGCGAAGGACAUUAAAAGCGCAUACUACCAAUUAGCCAAAAAAUUCCAUCCCGACACGAGCAAAGAGCCUGGGGCGAAGGAAAAGUUCGUCGAGAUUCAGGCUGCAUAUGACAUUCUAAGCGAUGACCAGAAACGCGCGUCGUUCGACCAAUUCGGCUCGGCGGAUGGACCCAACAUGGGCUUUGAUCCGUUUGGUGGCGCUGGUGCAGCUGGUUUUGGUGGAUUCCAUCCAGGCAGCGCGGAAAGCAUCUUUGAGUCUUUGUUUGGUGGUGCAUUUGGUGGUGGCCGCACUGCUCGCACAGGAUUUGGCGGCGAGACACGUGGCGAGGAUAUUGAAGCGAGUGUCAAUAUCACUUUCGAGGAAGCGUGUAAGGGCACGUCGCGUACCAUCUCGAUCAACCCCAUCGACCGAUGUGGCACGUGUACAGGCUCUGGUUUGAAGGAAAAUGCAAAGCGCAGCACAUGUCAAGUGUGCCGUGGUACAGGCACGCGCACUUUUGUGAUCCAAGGCGGCUUCCAAAUGGCUAGCACCUGUCCGGCAUGCAGUGGCACAGGCUCGUCUAUUGCACCUGGUGAUGAGUGCUCUUCGUGCUCAGGUGCUGGUCGCGUCAAGUCAAAGCGUAGUAUAAUGAUCAACAUUCCUGCUGGCGUAGAUGAUGGUUACCGAAUCCGACAGGAUGGCGCCGGUGAUGUGCCUCUUAUGGGGCCGGGACCACCAGGAUCUCUGUAUGUGCGGAUUCAUGUAAUGCCAAGUCGAACCUGGCGUCGACAAGGUACGAAUCUAUUCUACCCAGCGCAGAUUCCAUUCUAUACGGCCGUGCUAGGCGGUCGCGUCCGCGUGCCAACUCUUGAAGGCGAUGUCAGCGUUCGGGUCCCAUCAGGCACACAACCUGGCGAUGAGAUGAUUCUUCGCGGACGUGGUGUGCCCCGUCUUGGCGGUCGCAAGAGCUACGAGAACCAUGGCGAUCUCAUGGUACAGUUUGAUAUUACCAUACCAAGGUCUCUUUCGAAGCGUCAGAAGGAGCUCCUUCAGCAGUUUGCCGAUGAGUACGAGGGUCGAAGCACAAGUACAUCAUCUUCCAGUACAGACGCACCGCCAAAAGCCGACGAUACCAACUCUCCAGGUGGAAACACGAAUACGGACGAGUCUCGUGAGAAUAAUAAGCAUGGUGAGUCCUAA